AGUCUCUCUCGGCUGCCACUCCUCCCGGCCGCUCCCCCUCCCAACCCCUUUUUCCCUUUGCCCGCGGCUGGCAUUGGAGCAGCUGCCUGUUGUCGCGGCCGCCGCAGGGAUCGGGCGCCCGGAGGGAGACCACCCUCGGUUGCGGUGGUGAUCCCAAGACGUGUGGCAACCGGAACCUCUCUCUCUCCGCAGCUUCCCGUCCUUCAAAGAGAGACACCUUUUCUUUUCUUUUUUUACCCCCCCCCUUCCUUCCCCUUCCAAGGCCACCUCGCAGCUUCUGAGAGCUCUACGAUUUUAAGCCAAACGAAACUAAAGGCAAAACGACUUGGGGUUGGAAGGAGGCGGGGAGGGGGGGCUAGGGGCGGAGUGGGCAGAAACCCACCGAAAUGGAGGUAGCCACGGACCAGCCACGCUGGAUGGCCCAUCACGCCGUGCUCAACGGGCAGCACCCGGAGACUCAUCACCCGGGACUGGCUCACAACUAUAUGGAACCGGCGCAGCUCCUACCUCCGGACGAAGUGGACGUCUUUUUUAACCAUCUGGACUCCCAGGGCAACCCGUAUUACGCCAACUCGGCCCACGCGAGAGCCAGGGUUUCCUACAGCCAGGCACACGCCCGUCUGACCGGCGGCCAAAUGUGCCGGCCUCACUUGCUCCACAGCCCCGGCUUGCCUUGGCUGGACAGCGGCAAAGCGGCGCUCUCGGCGGCUCACCAUCACAACCCGUGGACGGUGAACCCUUUCACCAAGGGGCCCUUGCACCCUUCGGCGGCCGGCGCGCCGCCCGGCGCCAUCUCGGUCUACCCCGGAGGCAGCAGCUCCGCUUCGAGCGCCGCCUCGGCCUCCUCGCUCACGCCGGCCUCCCACUCCGGCUCGCAUCUCUUCGGCUUCCCGCCUACGCCGCCCAAGGAAGUCUCGCCGGACCCCAAUGCGGGAAGCAGCGCCGCCUCGCCGGCCUCCGCUUCGGCCGGCGGCGGCAGGCAAGAUGACAAGGAGCCCCUCAAGUACCAGGUGGCCCUGGCCGACGGCAUGAAGAUGGAGAGCGCCAGCCCGCUGCGCAGCAGCCUGGCCGCUUCCAUGGGCGCCCAGCCGUCCACGCACCACCCCAUCCCCACCUACCCUUCCUACGUGCCCGCCGCCCACGACUACGGCGGCAGCCUCUUCCACCCGGGCAGUUUCCUCGGGGGCCCCGCUUCUAGCUUCACCCCAAAGCAGAGGAGCAAAGCCAGGUCCUGCUCAGAAAGAAAUCCGGUUUCUUCGUGUUUCCAUUUAGAAGGCAGAGAGUGUGUCAACUGUGGAGCUACUGCUACCCCUCUCUGGAGAAGAGACGGUACCGGGCAUUACCUGUGUAACGCCUGCGGGCUAUACCACAAAAUGAACGGUCAAAACCGACCUCUCAUUAAACCUAAGCGGAGACUGUCAGCUGCUAGGAGAGCAGGAACCUGUUGUGCUAACUGCCAAACUACCACCACAACUUUAUGGCGACGUAAUGCCAAUGGGGAUCCAGUUUGUAAUGCCUGUGGACUGUAUUACAAAUUGCACAAUGUGAACAGGCCACUGACCAUGAAGAAGGAAGGGAUUCAGACCAGAAAUAGGAAAAUGUCCAACAAAUCCAAGAAGAGCAAGAAAGGCUCUGAAUGUUUUGAGGAACUGUCUAAAUGCAUGCAGGAGAAGUCCUCACCUUUCAGUGCUGCUGCCCUGGCUAGUCACAUGACACCAAUGGGCCACUUGCCACCCUUCAGCCACUCUGGACAUAUCCUCCCAACUCCUACCCCCAUUCACCCAUCUUCCAGCAUCUCAUUUGGGCAUCCACAUCCAUCCAGCAUGGUCACAGCUAUGGGAUAGAGUUUAAUGACUCUCACAGACUUCCAGAACUGGGCUUGGCCUAAGAGGACAGGAAGGAAAGACUUUGCCCAGGAAAGAAAAUAUAAGGAAGAAAGAAAGGAAAAGGGGAUCUUGUUCCAGUAGAAUUCAACUCCUAGUGCUAAAUGGAAACUUUGCAAUGAUGGGUCUUCUGCAGAAAUGCUUAAUGGUGCCUGUUAUGCACUUUGCUCCCUCAGGUAAAAGGAGAAAGAGGAACUCAUCUGUUUGAUACGAUACCUGCUUGUCCCAGUGGAAAGGAAGGGUGGCCAAAGUAGUGAAAGAAACUAGAGCCAGCUUUCCUUUCUCUUUGUUCAUUACUGUGAAUAUUGUAAAGCGAUUAACCAUCUCCUGAAGCAGAGGAAGUUCAGUAGUAGCCACCCUUGCUGGAUUUCUACCAUGGAUUGUGUUUUGUGGGGAGGAAAAAUGGACAACUUUAUUAAAAAAAAUCUACUUUUUAAGGAACCAGUCACAUAAAAAAAAAAUUAUUUAUUUUGCUCUUGUGCUCCAGAAAGAGCUUCAAAACUCUUGCAUGAAAUUAUGGAUUUUUUAUUUUAUUUUUAUUUUGUUUAAAGAAACAUGCAACCUAGUAGAAAACAGUUUUUCUAAUUAUUAUUUUUAUUGCUUAAUGGCCACAUUUUUGUUUCUCUUCAUUGCUGUUAGAUUUUUUUUUUGGAAAGAAAUCUACUAGAAAGGGGAUGUGUGUGAGAGAGGGAAGCGGUUGGCUUUAUCAUUGGUUACAAAUAGCCUCAGGCAUGGAUUAUUCAGACAUAAUUUUUGCAGUCUCUUUCUCAGUGUGAAUAUCUUGAUGUAAAAGUGUGGCAUUCUACAAGAGAGCAGAUACACUGGACAACUGGCUGAAAGGUUUUCCAUAGGGAACACUCUUGUUGUGCCUGGAGAGUAAAAUAAAGGGAAUUCCCACCUCAAACCAUUUGCCUGUCCUAAAGGCCACCUCUUUCCUCUCUGGAUUGCAAGUCAGCAUAGAUAUCAGGUAGCUUCUCAUAAUUUAUUUCAUUGCCUUAGCCCAGACUUCCCCAGUUUGGCAUCCUCUCCCCAGUUAGGCUACAGUUACUGUCUCCUCAAUCAGUAUGAUUCAUGACUAUUCCAUUAGAAAGCAAGGAUGUCCCAAGACAUCUCACUGCCAAAGGCUGAGAAGAGAUUACCCUCCUCCCUAUUUAAUGCAGAGGAGCUAAAUGAAUCAGUAGGUGGGCCUUAACAAUAAUGUGGUGCUCCUUUCAUGGCUCAGUCUGCUGGGUUGAAAAUCUUGCAUUAGAACCCACAAUUUCUUUUCCGAGGCAUUUCUCCCAUUCAGGUUUAUGACGAUUCCCUGUAUUAUGCAAAAACAGAUUGACAUGGUAGUGAACUAUCUUACACAGACCAGACAAACCCAUGCUGGCCAUUGCAGCAGCUAUAUUCUGCAGCAGCUGUCUUCUGCUGCUUUCCCUUUUUCUUCUGUAAGAUUGUUUAACAAGGGGUGCCAAGUACUGAACCUUUGAAACCUUUGACAAACAAAAUAUCUAUGCUGCUAGGUAACCAUCGCCCUUUCUUUAGGACAAUGUUUCUUAACCUUUAAACACAUCUUUAAGGUUUGUAGACCAACUCCCAGAAGUUGGUUUGUAGACCAACUCCCAGAAUUCCCCAGCCAACUUGCUGGCUGGGGAAUUUUGGGAGUUAAAGCCCAUAUAUAUUAAAGUGCCAAAGUUGAGAAACAUUGCUCUAGAGGACUAUAUUCUUAGAUUUAAGAUAUAAUUUCAGUUCAUGGCAGAAGGGAAACCCUUUUAAGAGAUCAGCCUGAAAAGAACCCUCAUGGUGGUUCAGUUUAAUCUGUUUUCUUAAGAAAUUUGCCCAAGACACAUAAACAUAGAGUUCAUCUCAUACUAUCUUAUUAACACUUUGGCCAAGCAGAAAUGGAAUUUGCCAGCUGUAAGCACAGAUGUUGUGACAAAUGCUCUGCUUGACUAGAGGUGGAAAGCAAAUAAGAAAAUGAAGAUCUGCAAGGCAGGAGGGAAAAAAAAGAUAUUUUCAACUCUUCUGAUAGAUCAGAUAUAGCAACAUCAAAGGAAAGUGAUCUGCUCAUGGGGAAAAUGUGGUAUAUGGUUUCCUAUAGCAUACAUAUAUAUAUAUAUGUAGAUAGAUAGAUUUGUUUUUAAAGAAAAUCACAAGUGUUCAGAAACAAAGUUGUCUCCCAUUCUGAAACCAUACUGUACGUAAACAGCUGAAGAAUAAAACUCUUGCCAGUGUGAAAUGUAUUCUAUUGAUUGUUAUGAUCUGAUGACUUUCAUGAUCACAAGGUCCAAUAUAACAUAUGAUGUACAUAUGUAGCUAUAUUUCUGAUGAAAAAAAAAUGACCCCAAUUAACAGAGGGGAUUGAUAAUGUAAAUCGCAUAAAGCUAACUCUGUGGCAAGUUUUUAAAUGUAUUUUUUUUCCAUUUUUUUUUCAAGUCAAGCCCAACUUGUAUCUUUAACUGCAAAAGUCUGCUUAAAACAAAAAUCCAGGUGUACAUUGUUUUUGCUUUCUCCUAAAUCUGUAAUUCAGUUUUUGGUACAAAGGACCAAGCAUUCCGAGCAAAUGCCUUUUCUGACUGUUUUGGUUUCUGUAGGCAUAAUGUAGUUGCACUUUGUGAAGAAAUAGAAAUGACAGAAUACCCACCACCACCACAAAAAAGCCCCCUCAAGAAACCCCCCAGACCAAAACUGAAAGAAAUUCCACCUGGGAUAAAUAUUAAUUUCUGUUAGCCAAGAUGGAAAUUAUUUACUCCUUUUCCUUGAUUUGGGUGCAUGUGUGUGUGUGUAUGUGAGGAAAGGGGAUUUUUAACAUAUAUGGUACAGUUAUCCACCUUUUGUAGUAACCAAAUUCCGUGAGGGUCAGAAGUGGGUGGGAAUGGCUGGGUGAGAGAAUGAGGAAGAUAAUAAUGCUAGGAAACAAAUCCACCCAGUACCACUGCUGCCCUCUCAAAAGCGAGGCCUACUCAUGCCCUCCUUUUAGGAAGACUGAGGCUGCACAUCACAAAUGCUUGCUGGACCAAGUCCAAGGUUGACAAAGUGCAAUAGAUUGUCAGUCACUGCAGCAUAAAAGUACCACAGUCAGGAUUUAAAUUAUUUUGUACUUAAUAUCAGCAUAAAGAUUUGGCAGUAUUUUCUGGUCUUUUUUUAAAAAAAUUGGCUUAAUUUUUGGAUUAGUGAACUAAGUUAUUGUUAAUUAUGUACAACAUGUUUAUAUAUUGUCUGUAAAAAAAUGUAUGCAUCCCUCAUAUUCCUUCAAGGUGAAUACUGCUAAGAAUAAUAAUAAUAAUAAUAAUAAAAAAGAUUACCCCC